AUGUCUCCAGAUUGCACCUCGGAGAUCUCUUUUCUCCCCCAAGCGCAACCGCAAUGGCUUUUGUCGCUUCCUUCACCGGCGUCCCCGUUGUUAGGAACGCUCGCGCCCUCGUUUCGUCCAGGCCCGCCCGCGUGCGUACUACUAGGACAAGAAUGUCCCUUGCUCCUAUCGCGCAGACCAUCGCUUUCAAGGCCUCCGAGGCCUCGCAAUUGAUCGCAGUGAAGGACGGCGACUUCGGCGGUUACACUGGGCCUAUAAUUGGCCUCCUUAUCAUCGGUGUCAUCAUCGCUGUCCUCACUCCUCCGGUAAAGGAAUAGAUCCCUGCCCUUUGUUUUGGAGCAGGUCAUUUCGACAUGUGCUCCUGAUAAUAGUUUCUACUAAACGGUGUAUCGCGCUGA